AAAUGUUAAUCAUUUUUAUGAGUUUUUCUACAAAACAACAACAUAAUAUAAGAUGAAAAUAUAAAAGUUUAAUUAGUGAUAAAAAUAUCAUGUAACUAACCUUUCCUCAGCAUUGAUAAUAAUUAAUUUGCACAUUUUACAGCUUUAUUAGCUAUGACAAUGAGAACUUUAACUGUUUGCUUUUUGGGUUUACUAUUUUUUAUUGCAGUGGUAAGCGCUAUUUCCAUUGAGGAAAACUUCCCGAAAUAUUUUUCUGAGUGUAACUCAAAUGAUGCUACAAAAAUUGACCGUGAAGCCGCAGGUAAACUCAAAAGGGGCGAAAAAUUUAAUGGAGAUCAGAUGUCUGCCUACCUUAAUUGUAUGUUUAAAAAAUUCGGAAUUCAGGAUGAAAAUGGAGAUUAUAAUCAGCAAACAGUAACAGAUCUUAUUAAAUAUAUUGUCAGUGACCAAGGAAAUGUUGACACAAUUAUCACCAACUGUGGGACCAGACCUGAGGGUUCCUCUGCGAAGGCUGCAGCCCUACAUUUAAUUGUGUGUUCCACGAAAUAUGAUAAAUUGCGUUUUCCCUCUAACUACUAAGCAAACUUGGACUGUAAUUUUGGGUAAAUUGUAAUAAAAAUUUAUUAUAAUGUU